CCUUGAGGAGGCUAUGGCAAUGGGAACUGUUUAACUGUUAAAGAAAUGAGAUAUAGUCUUGCUUUACAGCUUCUGUGGUUUUUCUCAGCUAAGCUGCACCAUUUGACACAUCAGAGACAUCCUGAGCCCUCCUCUUGGAUCCUUCACCUUAGCCCAUAGGGCAAGAUGGCAUUCAUGUGCACUGAUCACAGGUAAAAUGAACACUUCGUGCUCUAAAAUUUAAUUUUUAAAAAUGCCUGUUGAAGUCUGCUAUCCCAAGUGUCUACAUCUUGCUGAAUUGCUUUUAGUGCUCAGCAAAAAUAGCCUCAGCCCUCCUCUGAGAAAUGGGACCUCGUGUCUCCCCAUGCUCUGUGCUCUUCCUGCUAUUCCCAGGCAUAAGAGAGUGGCUGGAGACAUUUUGACAAUUAUUCUGAAAUGCAGAAAACACAGGACAAGGUGGAAACAAGGUAGGGUGGAAACAACAGCAGAACAGAACAAAAUCAGCUUAAACAGAAAAUAUUGCCAGGCUUGCGGGCAUUUAAAUACAAACAGAGAAUAAGAAAAUAAUUUUUAAGGUUACCUGUGAAUAGCACUAUGGAAGAAAAAACCUAACUUUCAAGAGACUGAGUAUACCAAGGCAAAGCUAACAAACAGGCUUAUGGAAGGAGCACACAGCCAUUCAACUCUGCCUGUGUUUCUCAGAGCAGCUAAGAAAGCAGCUUUGACCAACCUCUGUCCUUAGCAGGUUUUGCCUUUGCCUACAUACACUGCACAACAAAACCUACUCAGAAUAUCCAUCAUUUGCUUCACUGCCACUGAAACUAGGAAACUUCUUACUGAUUGAUGUGGAAACUAAAGAAAACUUAUCUCAAUACUCAAAAAUAGUUUGUUCUUUAUCAGAUCUGUGUCCUUGAAUCUCGCUAGACCUCUGUGAUAUGUGGUUCAAGAAAAGAUCAGAGAGUAGUUUACAAACUAUGGUAGUUAUAUAAAAUAGUCUAUUAGGCAAUCAUAAACAAACAUAUUAGAAAUGAAGGUGUAUUUAAAUAUCUAACUUGCACCAUCUUAUUAAUAUGCUGAUGAAAAUCAAGACAAGAAAUGUUUAUAGUUUAUCCAAUCUACAUCAGUUUUUCCUCAGGAGUCUAUCACAAGAAACCUUUUGUCCCCCUCCUGGUUUCCCAGGCCCUGAGUCAUCAUGUGAUACCCACAACUGCAGGCCAAACCUCCUCCUCAUCUCACACUUGCCCAACUUGUGGUUUCUUCCAGGUGCAGUUAAAUGUUCAAGUUGUUCUCACCAUGGAUGCAAAGGGCCAGGCUCUGCCAGUGACCUUUUCCAGGGCUCAUCUAGAACCCAGGUACUGCCUUGUCUCACGUUCUCUGUUUGAUUUUGGUGGGGCUUUUUUCCCCAAAAAUAAAAAGUAAAAAAUCUCUGCCAGAAGAAUGUUGAAAGCAUUACAUCAAACACUCAAAAGCUAAGAAACUUGAAGUUUGACAAGAAGCUUGAAACAAAGGUAACUUGUGGAAAUUUAAAACAGCCCUCUUCUGUCAGCGUGCACACAGCUGGGUACUGCCUAUUUGUUUUUCACAGGACUAGUGCACUCAAGGGCACUCAAUAAACAAUGCAGCAGGAUUUAAUCCAGCAUCUGUGGGCACACCACCAAGGACAAAGGCCUUGAGGCACACAUCAGAGGCUGAGGUGAGGGUGCACAGUGUCUGUGGGGGUGAUCUGGCCUAGCCCAAACCCAGUAGCAUUGGUUAGAAUAAUAGACACUGCUGACAUUCCCCUUCCAGUCCCAAAUCACCUCACUCCCCUGCUGUCCUGGCUGUUGGCCUUGCUGCAGCACCAGGAUGCUGGCCUGGCACCACAAACAUGAUGUGGCCACAUCUGACUUGGUUGAACUGGAACACAGACUCAAACACCUUUCCUCAAAGCCUCCACUGCACAGAGCUGAGAACAGCUGUAAAAUACUUGGCAAGGCCAUCCCCAUUUCAGUGAUGCUUCUCAUCUUGGGCCUCUGUUCUUACAGGACUGGCAUAAAGCAACCUUUUUCCUUCACUGAGAGGUUCUUGCUCCACUGGAGAAAACUGCUCCUUUCGACACAUAAACCUCCCCUGGAGCAUUCUGUAAGUUAUUUCAGCAUGUGUCUCUCCAGCUGUCUCCUCUACAUGUGCUGCAGAUUUGUCAUUUGCCUUUGCUGCUACAAUUGUGAGAUUCUGUUUAGUUAUGAGACUUUGGUCAUUAUCACUGGUAAGUCCUCAGUCUGUAACAAAAAUGAUGGUGGUGUUCCUGGUGCAUAUUGUAUUUCAGGUGAACUUGUAAUUGCUUAUCUUCUGUGACAUUUCCACACCCACUCUGUGGAAACAUUAGGUAUUUCAAAUAUGAAUUGAGAAAUUUGUUCUGUUCUAGGGUUGGUGUUUUAAAACUUGUGAAAGUGUUUCUACAAGUUACAAAAGUACCUUCAAAUACUUUCCUCAUGUUUUAAGUAUGUUUGCCUCUUGAAGAAAACAUUCCCUCUAUCAUUCAAGUUAAAUUUCAUUCAAUUUCCAUUUAUAUGCCAAUUCAUAUCAUAUGAUGUAUUCAUUGUGCUCUCUGUAGAUAAGAAGAUGAAUCUCAAGUUACAUACCCUAUAAAUUGGACCAUUGAAUGGGUCUUUCUUAAUUCACACUGGAGCUGCUAGGACUCUACCCUGGAGACUAAACCAGUCUGGUUUACCUUCAGCUUUAAAUGAUGCUGUCUCCACAGCUGCACAAAAUCUUAGCAGUAGCUUUUUUCCUGCUCCCAUUGUGUGUUCAAGGUAAACUUGCAGGAUUUCUUCCAUCAUUCCCUUUCAAGCCCUUCUUUGGAGGUAGGAGCAACAGUGCAGAAGAGCAACAAAUACCAGAUCUCACAGCUCUGGCUGGCAAUGAACAUGGGGACCCCAUCCAUCAAUUGGAAUAUCGGAUUUCCAGACUGGAAGGAGUCCUUCGCUUGAACAAGAUGAUAACAGAGUCUGGAGGAAAAAUCUUUGCUACCAAUGGAAAAAAAGCUGAUUUUGAUGGUACAGUGGAAAAAUGUAAAGAGGCUGGAGGCUCUAUUGCCACUCCAAAGAGCCCUGGAGAGAAUGAUGCCAUUCUGUACUUUGUGAAAUAUUUUAACACCUACGCCUACCUGGGGAUUAAACAAUCCCUUAUUCCAGGAAGAUUCCAGCUCCUGAAUGGUGCUCAGCUCAGCUAUACUAACUGGUAUUCAAAUGAACCUUCUGGCAAAGGAGAGGAGGAAUGUGUGGAGAUGUACACUGAUGGCACUUGGAAUGACAAGAAGUGUAACAAGAAUCACCUUAUUGUCUGCCAGUUUUAGUGCUUCCCUUGCUGCUCUCUGGAAUGUGCUUCCCUAUCACUUGUGUCUGCCUUUGUAGCUAGUGAACUUAGAUAAAGCAGCAUGAAAAAAUAAAAUGCAUUCUUUCCCUGUCUGAUUUGUCUUUUAAACAAGUGCCAGCCAUAAAGAGGAAACUGUAUAAUGAAAGCAGGGGCCAUUUUGUCUGUUUGAUAAUCACUGCCCACUGAGU